AUGGUCAAACGGAAGCUCGGUGCCUUGGAAAAGGUUGAGGCUGAUCUAUCCUACAUCGAAGAUUUCCGCGCCCAGCACUACCAAUAUGAGUCGCAUCGAGAAAUUUUCAUGGCUGCACCCUCCGGUGCCACGGACACGGGUAUUAUUUCACUCCGAGAGUUGAUUGACUUCAUCUCUCAUGUUGCCGAUUGCUACCCGGAGAUUUUGAAGGACUUCCCGCAGCAGCUCAUUGACAUGCUGAUGCAGCACCACAUGGUGUUGGAGUCGGAACUGAGAGAGAAACUCGUUGGAAGCAUAGUGCUCCUCAAGAAGAAGGAUCUUCUGGACUCAGCUACGCUGCUGCACACGCUCUUCCCCAUUCUCAUCUCUACACCUAGCAAGACUUUGCGAGCUCUCCUGUUCCAGAAGAUUCUGUCCGAGCUUCGCCAGGCUAAUUCAAAGACCACCCACCACAAGUUGAACCGGACAAUGCAGACCGUUCUGUUCAACUUGGUCACCUCUGAUCGCAAAUCUUCCAAGGGACUUUGGGCGAUCAAGUUGACCCGAGAGUUAUGGAAGCGUCAAAUCUGGACGGAUGCUAAGGCCGUUGAGAUUAUGAAGGAGGCAAGUUUGUCAGAGAACGAGAAGGUCAUCGUGGGUGGAGUGCGCUUUUUCCUAGGUGGAGACAAAGAGCGUGAAGACAUGGAGGAUGAGAGCAGUGACGAAGAGACCCUCGAUGUUGGUCGCCUCCGCCAUAACCUGCAAAUCAAUAAGAAGUCGAAGAAGAAGGCCCGUGUGGCUGAGAAGGCCAUAUCCAUCCAUAAGAAGAAGGAGCGCAAGAAGAGUCAGCCGCAUCCGCUCAACUUCUCAGCACUUCACCUGCUUCAUGAUCCCCAAGGAUUUGCCGACAGCCUUUUUACUAAGCACCUGCAAAGCAGCAAGGUUAAGCUGAACUUGGAGCAGAAGCUCCUUGUUCUGCAGUUGGUGUCGCGUCUGGUGGGCUUGCACAAGCUGCACAUCAUGUCGCUCUACUCCUACUUCCAGAAGUUCCUUACCCCUCGCCAGCCUUCAGUCACAUCCUUCUUGGCAUCAUUGGCACAGGCAUCGCACGAUCUGGUGCCUCCAGAUGUCCUGGAGCCACUCAUCCAGAAGAUUGCCAAUGAGUUUGUCUCUGAGGCAUCGGCAGGAGAGGUUGCCACGGCGGGUCUUAACGCCAUCCGAGAAAUCUGUGUUAGACAGCCCCUGGCGAUGAACGAGACGUUACUGCAGGAUCUUGUCAUGUACAAGAAGAGCAAGGAUAAGGGUGUGACUAUGGCUUCCAAGGGCCUGCUUAGUCUCUACCGUGAUGUUGGAGCGCAGAUGCUUAAGAAGCGCGAUCGUGGCAAGGAGGCGGCCAUGAGCCUCCGGUCUGGUGACAAGGAGCAGAGACGGUUUGGCCAACAGGAGAGUGGCGGCAUCGAGGGUCUGGAGCUGCUGGAGAAGUGGAAGGAAGAGGAGCGGCGUAAGAAGCGUGCGGAGAAGGGUCUUGCGUCUGAUGCCUCUGAUGCCUCUGAUGAUGAGGAAGAUGACUGGGCCGCAUGGAACGUUGAGGAUGACGAGGAUAGUGACGACUCGGGUGAAUGGAUCAAUGUCCAAAGCGAUGUUGAGAUUGAUCUCAGCGACUCUGAAGAUGAGGGCAAGGAUCGGCCCUCGAAGAAAUCCAAGCAGGACGGAGAAGCGACGAAGGAGAACGACGAUGCGGUCCAAGAGGUUAAAUUAUCCACUCUCGCUACGACUCGAAUCCUCACCCCAGCCGAUCUGGCUAAGCUGGCCGAACUCCGGGCUCAAGCAUCUGUCGAAUCUGCUGUCAAUGGCCCCAGGGGCCGCCGGGCUGCCCAGCCUGCCGCCCGCCACACGGAUGACCCGUUGACUGCCGAAGAGAUCGAAGGCCUUGCCUCCUUGUCCGCGGCAAAGUCUACGCGUGAAGAGCGUAUUGCUCAUGCACGUGAGGGUAAGCCUGACCGGGAUGAGCACAAGAGCAAGGAAGCCAGACGCAGGGAACGCAAGCAGGAGCUGGGAAAGAGUACCACCAACAAAGAGAAGGCCCGCCGCAAGAACUUCCUCAUGACUCUGGGCAAGGCGAAGAGCAAGAACAAGCGCAGUUUAGUGGAGACCCGGGCCGUGCUGAAGGCUCACCAUGCUCGCCAGAAGAGAGGCGGAAAGAGAGGCAAUGCAGGAAACUGA